UAGCGUAUCUGCGGUAGUCGUUCUAUUGCCGCGGUCGCUUCGACAUCGCUUCUUGUAGUUUGCCAGUCGCUUUCUCUGCAUGUGUUCCCAUAUGUCCCAUAGACGAGAGAUGAUCUCACGUUAAUCCACCCCACACGCUAGCCGGUAUCUUCUUCUCGGGCUUAUAACGUGGACCAAGUCAAUUUGAAUUGUUUGAAUUUCGCGGGCAGAUUAGCUUCAUGACUCAGGCGGUCGUUCAAUUCAUAAAUCAGCCCCUAAAUAAAGUGGCUCGGGGGCAUUGGGCGAUAGAGUAAUGGGGCUUAUCCAAAAAUAAUCCUAUAAACAGUUGGGAACUCUCAAAAAUGACAUAAAGAUAGUACUGAAAACUGAACACCGAAACAAUCUGAGCGAACGGAAAAUGCGUCGCAAUAUAUGUGGUAUAGUCAAGUGGGCCGCGCGGGUCGGCCUUGCGGAAGGUCCGGUCGUGCGAAAUCCAAGUACGGGUUGGCGGGUAUUCUGAUUUCUACCACGUUUUCACGUUUAUCCUUUUUCUGCUGCAAUGCAUAAUUGAGUGGUCUAGUUGUUAGUGAGUUAAGGGUAAAGUGCAUUCUCUUGUCCGUUGAAAAUUUCAGUGAGAGCAUUUACGCAGUGAGUGCUGGGGUCGUGUCGAUAAGUGGUCUAUGUGAUAAUCGGGCAGGUUACGUACAUGAAGUACAGUUGAUUGCAACCCCCUGGCUUACGGAUUUGUGGUGGUUCGGUGGUGCGGUUCUAAGGGUAGAUUGUGUAUCGGAUUAGUGGAAACAGAUUUUGUCUCGGACGUGGCUGAUUGGUGUCGUGAUAAAGAACGUAAGCAUUUUCAUUGUAUCUUUAUUCAGUCUGGUCGGAUCGAAUGUGUGUAGUUACAAGUUCAGCGAAAUUAAAUAUUCACACAGAAAUAUUCAACCUUUGAGGCGUUACAUUAGCCGAAAUACUACCUAAAGGAAAAUACGAAACGCUUAUCCGUCCGUCGAGAAAAUAUUUUUUUUGUCUGAUAAAACCCAAACGAGGACUAUCUAUAAAUUUCGAUUCAAUAUUUUGUGAACAAUAUACAAGAAGUGUAAAACUACGAAGUUACCGAAAAAGUUCGAACAUUAAAUUAGUAAAACAGGAAGCCUAAGGAUACAAACUAAAUAAGGAUUGAGACUAUAGUUUAAAAAUACAGUGGGACGAAGCGAUAGAUUGAACAUUUUCUUCGUCAACAUACGAAAAAAUAAUGUUCGGUUCGAAAUUACGAUCAUGGAUGGAAAAUCAUAUAGUUCGGCCCCGAAAAAAAGGAAAUAAAAAUAAAAAUGCCUCGAGUAACUUGGUAUCAGCAAAUGCGACCCAAAAUGGACAUAAAGGGACAACCAUUUCUAUUUACCAAGGAGACACAACAAUCGCAACAAACGCGCCAACAACAAAUGGAGGAAUCUCAAGUCCAGCGAGACGUAGUGAAGUUUCACCGAUUCAAAGUCACAAAACCAGCAGAAUUGGAUGGCAGACGCCACAAGAUGAGAUUCCAAUUUCCCAUACACCAGAGCAUUACUACUUCAACCAAAGCGUAAAGUCAAAUACAUUAUCAGCGUCUUCACUGCAUGCAACGACUACCGCAAACACAACUACUUACCAACUAACAUUCCACAGUUCGUCUACUAACAAAGCUAACACAACCCUCUCACCAAAUAACAUGCCCCGCAAAAGUUCCUACCCGCAAUCGAGCGCUGAGAACGCUUGCAACAACCACCACAAGAACCUUGCACAGAACCACCAGAAAUUCAAUCAUGCACCAAUGAAUCCAUCAAUAGCUCCGCCAGCAAUGCAUCCCGCCCAGUGCAAUAAUCAAUUUGAUAUUAACAUUCAGAAUAACAAUUCAAAGAAUCAAUCAUGCAACUAUAAGGGUAUCCUUCCGCCACAGCAAAAGACCUACUCCUCGACAAAUGGAGAUGUUCAUCAGCACAACGGGGAACCGAUACACAACGCCAAGGACGAAGUGCGAUACGGCAAGAUACUGCAAUCGAAACAUGCCGUUCCAGGGGGUGGUUUCUCGACCGCCGGGAACGGGACCUACGAUCGAAUCAAUGCAAAUAUUCAAUUUCAACCUAUAACGAAUCUGGACGACAGGACGAAACAGAACAAUAACAACAACUCAAAGCACAUAAUUAAUCAGCAGCAGCAGCAACUGCAUCAACAUCAACAACAAAUACAAAAUCAACAUUCGGGUCAUCACAAUCAUGUCCAGCAGCCGAAUGGACACGGUCAGUGCCGGAAUGGCAGUGCAUCUAAUCAAAAUCUUCUAAGAACAAAUAGAUACAGUGGCGGGAAUAAUGGCAUGUUGGGCGCGGCAAAUAAUCAUCCUAUGGGCCAUGUCAUCAAUAGUCUUUCAUCGCCGGAAAGUGCCUACUCGACAGGAUAUUCAACGGACGGGACGUCACCAGGUGCCAGCUAUACACCACCCGAAUAUUACAUCAACAUGAGAACGGGCACACACUACUUUCCAAAAGGAGUGAAUACACUUGCCAUCGAAGCAACACGUUACAAAUUUGGCUUGAACAAGAUUGAGGAAAUGUCCCCUCAGGACCCACUGCCGAAUAAUCAUAGACGAACCGAAUCCUUUGAUUUUACUCAUAACCAAAUCGCAGGUUUCGGUAUUCCUGAUCCUAGUUUCUUUGCUGCCAAAGCUUUACAGUGCCAAAAUGCUACAUCUUUAACGCCAGCUAACAUAGCAGCUAUUCAGAACUAUAAGGGAUUUGAAUCUCCAUCGCCACGACAGCGAUGCCGGAUACGAACAAAUCCCUGGUAUUCCACCACAGAAACAUCGUCCUCUGGCGGAGGCGGAGGAACAGCAGGACUACCGGCAACUUGCAACUAUUUGCCAAAGAAAAUUGAAAUUGAUGCCAGUUCAUCUUCUUCGGGAAUUAAAUCCAGCAGCGAAACUGGAGCAAGUGAUAAAAACGAGAAAAAUGAAAAAUCUUCGGAAUCGGAAUCGAGCUCUUCGACGGAAGUGGAAGUCAUUAAACGUAAUUUUUCACCGAGCACAAUACGCAGAAGGAAGGCAGCUGCUGUUGCUAAUGAGCACUCGAAAUCGGAAAAUCACGGGGGUGGUGUCCACUCCAUUUGUCCAAGCCAUCUGGAUAGCGACGAGGAUGCAACACUAAACGAGAUGAUGGGGAAGUUUGACGAGAGCUAUGUGUAUGAAAAAGAGACUGAUAUUUUAAGUGUUUACCCUUCCGAUUCCAGUGACUCUGAUCCUACAGACUGUCCAUCAGAUCUUGACACAGGUCAAGAUGCUGGGGAUGAAUGCGAUACGGACGAGCUUCUUGACAUCGAUUUUAUCGAUAACGGAUCAAUUCAGGAAAUUGUCGAAAAGGAUCCAUACAAAAACACUGGUAGCUGUUCCUACUUCAACUAUCACUUGGAGCGUCGAGCUUCGAAAAUGCGCCGCAGUAGAAAACAAAAUGAAGAUGCAUGCAGUUCUAGACGUAGAAAACGGCUCCUAAAAACUAGGAAGAAGACCUUGGAAGGCGGAAAGGACAGGCACUCACCAGUCCGAAACAGUCGAGAGUCUAGAAGUUUGGGAGGAACACCAGUUAGUUUACGACGGAAUCAAUCGGUUGAUAGUAGAAAACCGUCAAAAAUGUCACCACUAACUCAGCGAUCCAACUCACUAACCCUUACCGAAGUUCAUGCUAUUCGAGGUCGUUUUGUAGCUAUUGCUGAGAGUGAGAAGGCUUUACUGAAGGCCGAUCUAGAAGCUGACGUUAAGUAUAAGCAGCUUAUCCAUGAAGCAGAAACCAUUCUAGUGUCUAUGAAAACGACAGCCUUGAGGGAAACUCCUGUUGCAAGUCCGCGUCGAGUAUGCAACCCACCAACAAAUAAACGAGUCGAAAUGCUGCGAAAUUGUGAAGCGGACUUGAAACGCGAAGUUGUAAAGCAUCAAAAGCCAAGUGACUUUGUGGAGCAACCCUCAGACGGAAUCCUUGUAAACAAGAGAAUAGAAGUUCUACGUUCUGAUCCUGUAACAUCUGCCCCGAAUAGCCCGAAAAAUGGUCGGUUCAGUCCUCGCAAAACGCACAUUUCAAACUUCAUCAACCAAAACAUUGAACCUGUUGAAGCAAACCGCAGAAGUAGUGUUUCAGAUUCCCAGACUCCAAACAAAUCUCCUCAACUACAGUUGAAUGGUCGAGUUUUCCGCAGCCCACCUGGGUCACCCUCCCACUGGCGACGACGAGUCCGUAGUCAAUCUCCUCGUUCCAAUACUAUCUAUUCUGAUUCCGACUCCGAUGAAGACAAUAGCAGGAAGUCACAAUUGCAGAGGCGAAAUUCCAAAAUUCGAUCUGAGGCUGAGACGAAUGGAAAUAGGAAGAGUGAAUUCACGAACGAUGAAGCUGUGCGAAAAAUGCGCGAUUUGAAGGAUGACCUCAAUAACAGGAACAUAGUUUUAAAGAUGGAGAGGAUGAACUGCUUCGAUGAGACAGAUUUGACGAACCGAAACGUUGCUGAGGGAAGGAAACCUCCUUUGAUGACUUUCAGGUCAGUGGACAUGGGAAAUAGGUCAUCGAUCAGUGCAUACUGCCCGCAAAGUGAGCCCUUGAAGAGGAAAAUUUAUAAGGGAAGUUCGACGUUUGAAAGGAUCAAGAAAAGCUUGGAUUUGGAAUCAGAGAUUCCCAAACAAGCGAUUCUUGACAAGAUAACAAACUUACGGCGAGAACGACAAGCUCUUAAAAGCUCCACCAGUGACAUAAACCAAUCCACGUCGAAUACACGAGUCGAAGCAAAGCCAGGCGAAUUGGAUGCAUUGGGAGCGGUGCCAAGCACCAAACAUCAGCUCAUACUCAACACAAUCGAAGAUUUGAAGCGAAGUCUUGAAGACCAGAGCGUGGAAUUGAGUGGCCUCAACGAUGACCCAGAGAUUAAAUAAAUCAAAAGUAAGACAAGUGAGAAAAUGCAAGAUAGCGUGUUUUUGCAGGUGAUUAGAUGAUUAUGCAUUUUUUGUUCGCUCGAUUCGGCGGGUUUUAUUUUUUGCGGGAGAACAAAUAACUGACCUUCUCAAGAAACGCUUUAUAAUCAAUAAGUCCGCAAUUAUAGCCUAAAGGUUUAGGCUCAGAAGUGUUCAACCUUCGAAUUAAAACUUGAAUUUUCAGCGAGAAAAACUCGAUUGGGCCCAUUGGACUCCAUCAAUCAUAGAUUAUCCUCUGCAGUGAAGGAACGAAUUUCCGUUUGAGCAAAGCGGCGCAUUCUCUUGCGCCACAAAUCAGUUUUCGGCCAAGUGCAGGUUGCACAGCUUUCGAAGGUCAGAUAUUUGGUCUUUUCACUCCGUCAAUGAAGACGAAACCUACAGAAACUGCCCUAAAAAUAUGGUUAAUGGUUACAACAGUACCAAACACAAAUACUAGCAUAUAAUAGAAAAAGAUACAUAAAUAUUCCGUAUAAAAUACAAAUUGCAGGAAGAUAUUAAGAAAGUAGCGUUAGAUUUUUUACAAAAAUAAAAGCGAAACGAGAUAGAAGAUACUUUAGCAGAUACUCAAAGGGUAUCCAGCUAUGCAGACACGUAGUACUCCAUUCCAGAUAAUACUAAAUCCACUAUCGUUACUAUGUAUGUACUCAAUUCGUUCAUUUAACGGACCCUAACGAUUAUUCAAGUAAAACUUAGAAUGAAAUUUUAUUACUGUGUAGAUAUCCAAGUAGUUGGUUAGCAAUUGAAGUGAUUUUUUUGGAAAUUUUAUCGAUUCGAAUGUUCUUGAGUUGUCCACUACCUGGUAAGUUCGUGUAUAGUUCCAUCCAUUAGUCAUGUAGUCGUUUUAUGUAAUAUUAGUAACAAGUUUCCGAGUAAAUCAACCUUAUUCGUUUCUCGAACUAGAUAUAUUGGACUCGAUUCGAUAUCCUUGUAGAAACCAAAUUCGAAUACGAUAAGAUACAGGCGAGAUACUCGCCACGAUAGACAAAAAGAUACGAAAUAGUAAAAAGUAACUUAAUUACCACAUAUUGCAGAAAUUUGAAAACUUCCGCAAUUUAAUUUAUUUGUUAGAGGAUAAAACCAAGUUUUAUUUGAAAGUUGCAUAGAGACAAACGAUGAGUUAGUUGUAGAUAAAAUUCUAUUAAUUUGUUUUGUUAAAUAAUUUUAGUCUUAAAUGAAUUCAAAUAGAUACGUUUCCCACGAUUCCAUCCUUGGUUCUACCGGUAGUCAAUAGCUCGUUAGAUUCUUUAUCAUAUUUCUUUAUUUCGGUUUAUUUUCAUGGUAGACGUUCGUAGGGGGAUCGCAUGACACCACAAUUAGGGGGAAAUGCACGAUUUAAUAGUAACUCCAUGUAAUUAACGGAACUCGAAGAGUGAGCUUAUGCGGAAACUAACAAAGUGGGCCAAACUAAAGAAACAUGAAAAACAAUCCAGCGAGCUUUAAGAUAUUUAAUAGAUGUAAAACGAUAGCUUAGUCGAAUUCUACUCAAUUAAAUUGAUCUAAAAUUUAUUUACAUGUUAAACUCCAAGAUAAGGUCGUCUCUUAACUUAGACUUUCUAUACAUACAUACUAUUCAUAUGGAAAACAAGUGACACUUAGCAUUCAACCAAAAACCUUGACUAAAAUUAGUUACAACCCCUUCUAGUCGAUAUAAUCAGCCAAAAUGAACGAGGCAAGACCCUUGUACGAAUACGAAUCAAAUACUAAGAAACCAUCAUUCUCAAACCCGAAAGUGAUGCAAUUAACACUAUAACGAUAUUUUUUGUAAUCAGAAAAGAAUUUAUCAAAAAACAACAUAAAAAAAUCAAAACAGCAUUAAACAUAGAAAUUCCACUGUAAUAUCCAUAAAGUAUGCCAAAUCAUUCUUGAAAUGCAUUAAAAUGCAACAAGUACGAGUAAAUCAGGUCGAAAUAAACAUGUAAGCGUAAAAACAGAAACCGAUGUAACAAUAAGAAUGAAAGGCACAAAAUGUCAAUAAACAAUAAAACUCAUUAAGGAACAAUAAUCAAAAUGACGUCAUAUAAGCGUGAUCACUAACAAACAUUACCACACACUACACUAUUCUUAUCAAUGGAACAAUAAAAUUGAAAAAUAAAGUUUAAUAUUGAUGAAAA